AUGAAUCGGGAAACAAUUAACGCGGAGAAGUACUCGCUACUUCAAUUAAAAGCGUGGUGCACGGCAGUGGGGCUCAACGCUAGUGGAGCAAAAGCGUCGCUGGCUGCACGACUUAGCGAGCUGUCGGCAGAAGCACGGGGCUUGUGUCCAGGAGCCAUUGACGUGCCUGGAGGUGAUAGUGUGCCAGAAAAACGCGGCGCGAAAGCUACGGUGCCACCAAAUAUCGAUGGAGGCAAUGGUACAGCCAAAGAAAAAAAUAACGGCGAAGGUGCUGGCAAUGGUGCGAAUAGCGGCGAUGGACCAAACAACGGCAACGACGCGAAUAACGGCGAGGGAUCAACCAAUGACAAAGGUGCGAAUAACGGCGAUGGUGAGCGUGGCAACGAUGGAGCGAAUAACGACGAUGAUGGCGAUUUUACAAAUGAUAGANACGGCACGAAUAACGAUGNUGCGUNUAACAGCGAUGGUGCGUCUAACAACGAUGGUGCGUCUAACAACGAUGGUGCGUCUAACAACGAUGGUGCGCAUAACAACGACGGUGCGUAUAGCAACGACGGUGCGAAUAGAGGCAGUGGCGUAGAGCGGCGCGAAUUUUCGCAAGAAAUUGUUAGCGUGACAAGUGAGCUAGGGUGCGGCCCAAGUAACACCCGUGAAUUCGAUGGUACGAAAAGCUACAACAAGGCGGAGCGAAAUUGA